CAAACGAUGCGGAAGUUGAAGUCACCGUGGAGAACGUAAACUAAUGUCAAGCAGCCGCCUGAAAAAUAAAGAAAAGAGGAGCAGAAGAGGAGGAAAGAGGAGGAGAAGAACCGGAGUGAACUCUGAACGCGGCGGACGCUUCACCUCCGGCUGCACUUUCACCACUGCCGGCAUGUAACGUAACUUAGCUAGCCGUUACUGUUACUACUCCCUUAGUUCUCCGUUACGUCUAACCCCUCUGCGACCGUCGGUCGCGGGUUACCGACACCGUUACCGUUGAAUGGACCGACUGGGUGACUCAGAGUCCACGUCGGUGCUGCUGUUUGGUUGCAUGGGUCUCUAAAAGCUGCAAGCCCCGCUGCGUUCCAUUCUCCCUGGAAGACUUCCUGUCGUCAGCCGUCUGUCUGACUCCGACUCCACUGUCUGAGUGAGACUCGUCCUCGUCCUGUUCUCACACUUUGUUCCUCCUGCUGUCAUGAAUCAAACCUGGAAGACUGAGUCGGUGCUUUUCCUUUAUGAUUGUGUUCGACCAAUCAGAGUUUGGUCGGACAGUUUCACUCACAGGAUCCUGGUUAUCAGCUCAUUUCUGUGAAUAUGUUUUCACUGAUGGAACCUAAAACACAAGCUGCUGUUAAACUGGUAAGAAAAUGUAUUAUGCAUUAAUAUUAACAACACGUUUUCAAAAAUAUAAACAUCCGUCUGUUUGAAAGCUGGAGUCUGUAACUUUCCACAUCGUUUCCUUUAAAGAUGGAGGAUGUUAAACGUCGUGGACAGAGCAGGAAGUCGUCGACUGAGCAGCGACCAGGUCAGCUGACCCCCUGACCCCCCCACUACUGCCCCCCCCACCUUCCUGUAAGCUGUGCCAUCUGUCAGAGCUGCUCCUCAUUGGCUGGAGGAGCUCCGGUCUGCAGGCAGCGCAGGAUGGGAUUGGCUGGCAGGACGCCUGGAAGAAGGGGGCGUGGGCAUCAGCUGAUUGAUAGAGAUCGGAAGUGGAGGAGGAGGAGGAGGGGGAGGAAGGGGGAGAGAUGAGGAGGAGGAAGAGGAGGAGCCGGAGGAGGAGAAGCUGAGUCGAGUCGGUAAAUCCACGAUGAGUCGACUCUGCUGCAGACAACAAGUGUUCAUCAGAGAGAGAGAGAGAGGAGGGCGAGGGAGGGUAGAACGAGGUUACUCUGAAACAGAGAGAGAGAGAGAGUGACGGGACGAACGAGGGAGAGGAAAAGGACGUUACCACGGCAACUCAGGAGACGUCGCUGCAGCGGCGAGGACACCAGGACACACAGGUUGAAGAGAUGAUGAGCAGAUGGAGGAUAAACCUGAUAAUAUAGUUUUCUGCUUCUGACCCUCAUCAAAGACUUUUGAUGAGCACUUUGAUGGGUACCAGGAGGUCGAGGGACCUUUUGCAUAAAUAGCAAAGGCCCACAGAAAAGGAAGAUCAGGACUUUUAGGUGACUAAGUUGCCAACAUGUCUCAGGCAGGUAAAGUCCUCCACCUGUAUGUUGAGGUGAGGUCUGUUCCUGAGGAGGAAGGGAAGGCGCUGGGAAGAGGAAAUGAUGGCACUGGUCACCUGAUGCUUCAGUGUCCAGACGUCCUCUCUCACUCCCAGAGGAGCUCCACCCACUCGAGUCCCAACCGUAGUCCGGCUCUUUCCCCAGUCACUCAGCAUCAUACUGGGGGUGGGAACCACAGCUUACCUCCUCCAAAGUCCUCUUCCAGGCACUCAGUCAGCUUCCAACUCCAAAACCCAGAUGCAACAGGAUCUCCCACCCAGUUCCAUCGUCAGGACGUGUUGUAUGACAGUUUUGGUCAGUUACUCCAGGUCCUUGCACCUGGAACAACCAGUCCAAGCCAUCAUGGCUCACUGGGACGCACCCAUUCCUCUGACAUGGAUCCCUACCAGGGAAGGGUACCUAUUUCCCCAUCCUCUACAUCCUCAGGGGGGCUGAAUGUACCCUCCACACCCACCAGCAACCGUAGGUCCCAUGAGGUUCCAGGGGUGGGUGGUGAGGAAGGGAGGACAUCUGUGGUGACCUUUGGCUACAUAGAGAAAGCUAAUGUUCACAGCAUGGGCAGCCGGCGUAGUUCUGUUUGCCAAAGUGACUUGGACAAUCCUCUUAACAGACUGGAUGGGCAGCUGCUGACUGCCCACCUCCGGAAAAGGCUGAGUGACCCAGUGUGGUACAAUGGUCAGUCAGAACAGAGCAAUCCUUACCCUAAUCACCCCAACUCACCUCGGAAUCAGUCCCCACGGGGCUCGCCUUACCUGCAGAGGUCUACCCUGGAUGCAGUAGCCAGGGAUGCCACCUACAGGGCUUUGGAGGAGUUUGGAUCCCCAGAACUCAGGCGACGAUUUGCCAGUCAUGGCUCGGAGAAUUGCAGCCCCACCCUGCCACGGCACUACCAGUCCCCUCGCUGUCGGUCCUGGGGAGGGUCCCCUGUACUGCCCCGCAGCACCUUAACCCUGCCAUCCAAGGUCCAGCUAUUAGAGCUGGACAGGGGAAUCUGCCGUAGUUCAGUGAAUGGGCUUCCUAGAAGUCCUGCCUCUGACCACCUCUGUGCCCACACUGGAUACUCCUCCCAUACGGUGACUUCAAACUCAGCGCCUCACCCACAUGGUCUGCCCCAGAGCCAGCAGAGGCCCUGGGUUGGGGAUGAGAGCCCCAGGUUGUCCAGCAAAUUUCAUCCACCUUUACCUGCGGGGAGACCCACAGACAUCCAGCAUGACAUCCCAACUAGCAUAUUUCCCACCAGCAACCAGACUAGGACUGGCUACCAAACUAGUGGGAACUCCCAACACAGUGUUAAUAGUAGCUAUAAUACUAACAUCACCAACACCAGUCAUAAUUCUACGGACAGUAUCCAGUACAGUGCUAAUAAUAACUCAAGCUUAUCCAGCAAGAGUCACUACAGAUCGUCCCGCUGCAGUAGCAGAGCCAGUGAUGCAGUAAGCCCUUCCAGUGGCAGGAGAGGUUUCUCCCCGUCCCCAAAUGCUGAAGUGGCUUGUAAGUUAGCGGUGGAAGCUACCAAACUGUCCACUAUUUUUGCAGGCCGACGGUCUCCCUCUCCAACACCUUCUCAAGCUGAGUCACUGAGGUCAGAGAGUCCCAAGAUGGGAGGGUCAUUCCUAAGAGAACCCCAACCAUACGCCACUCUUCAAGGGAAAAACUCUGCAGAACCUCUGCAGGUAGACAAUCCGAACCACAGAUGGAAAACAGAAAAACAGUUACCUCAAACCAGACCAGGACGUAUCUCACCCCUCUUGUCCCAGACAGCCCUCUCUUCACCAGCAUCUCCAGCUUUACCAGCCCGGUUGCACCGAGCUGCUGCUUCUCAGUCACCAGUUUUAGACCCACGGCAGCAACGGAGUUCAUCACCCAGUAAAGACACGUCAACCCUGCACCGUUACCAGCCACCACAGUACACUGGAGACCACAAAUCGCCUGGCAUGGAGUGGAGGCAGUAUGAUCACCUCUUUGAUAGAUCUCCUAGGGACAGCCCUAAUCUCUCCAGGAGACUACUCUCCAACCAAAACACAGAAGCUUUGCCUGUGAGCUGGACCUCCAGGCACCAGGAGUGGAGGGACACUGGACUAAUCCAGGACAGGGACGAAUUCUGUGAAGAUGACCACAAAUUGUCAACCUUCUAGAGUUUACACUCUAAACAAAGAGGAGAAUCACAGGAAGGAUGGAGAAGAUAAAGGAGUUAAAACGUCAGUGCAGGGGAGCCAGAGGCUGAUUGUAGGCAUGUCCAAGGAUCAGAGAGAGGAAAUUCAGGAUCACAGCGGGGCUGCAUCCUCUCAGAGCUCCAGCGGGGUGACAGGCAGCUUGGGAGACAGUUCCCAGCUGGACAGAAAUGAUAGCCUGUUCCCUGAAACCUCGAGCCAGUCCAGCCAUGAUACGGCAGACACCGGCUUUGGGAUACAGGUCGGCUGGACGGGAGGAUGAUGAGGGUUUGGUUGUAUGUAAAUACAACCAGACCCUGUGUGUAUGUGUGGAUAUAGUUAUGAAGAUUAUGUAUGAUUGUGUUUAGAAUCUGUGUGGUCAUGUGUGAGUGGGGUUGUCUUUCUGCAGAGCUGAAUAAUAAGUCUUCACAUCGUGUCACAACAUAAUGUCAGAUUUACUUUGAUAACAAUAAAUAUACAACAGAAAGUCCCUCCUCUCCAUUCAGUUAGUUUCUGUGUCACCAGCCUCUCUUCAUGUUUCAGUCAAAUGAAUAUCUUCUGCUGUACUGGUCAGUAAAAUAUGAACUCUCAGCAUUUUAGCACAUUGUAUUGUUCUUGUUGCUCAACAACUACACAUCCCAUAAAGCUUUGAUAGCACCUCUGUG